GCCGCGCCCACGGAGCGACGGACGCGCACACGGGAGCUUCUGAGAGCAAACUGCGUCUGGAAAAACUCGUGAAGGAACACUGAGAUCAAACUGAGAGGGAAGACUGGAGACUACUCUAACUCAGUGCUGUAUUCAUCAUAAGAAGUCCAGCAGCGAGGUGGCGCCGCGGCAGGGUCUGGCACUUCCUUAAAGAAGAUUUCACUUAUUUAUCACUAAAUAAGUAUGUGGGACAUACAUCGCUCCACGGCAACACGGACAUACGGUAAAUCCUCCAUGUAGCUGGACAAACGCUGACUACUUGGUGAGGGUCAUAAAAUGAACGCCUCGUGCUGGGAUCCUGCAGUCAUCAUGUAUCAGCAGAGCUCAGGGUUUGACCUCAAUGCCAGCUGUGACUGGCUGACCCCUCACUGUAACUGGACAUCAGUGGACAGAGCACUGCAGCUGCCUACCUUUUCUACAGCGGCCAAAGUCAGAGUGAUCAUUACCUUCAUCCUGUGUGGCAUUGCCACUUUCUGCAAUUUGGCUGUGCUGUGGGCAGUCAAUGGCCACAAGCGCCAGUCCCACGUCCGUGUGCUGAUAAUCAACCUGACUGCUGCCGAUCUCUUGGUUACUUUCAUUGUGAUGCCUGUGGACGCAGUGUGGAACAUCACAGUUCAGUGGCUGGCCGGUGACCUGGCCUGCAGAUUUCUGAUGUUCCUCAAGCUGCAGGCCAUGUACUCCUGUGCCUUUGUCACAGUGGUGAUUAGUCUGGACAGACAGUCGGCUAUCCUCAACCCUCUGGCCAUCAGCAUGGCCCGUAAAAGAAACAGGGUCAUGCUGAUGGUGGCUUGGACUAUGAGCGCCUUGUUCUCAAUCCCUCAGAUGUUCAUUUUCCAUAAUGUGACCAUCACAUAUCCAGCCAACUUUACUCAGUGCACAACUAGGGGGAGCUUUGUCACUCACUGGCAGGAAACAGCCUACAACAUGUUCACCUUCUCCUGCCUCUUCCUGCUGCCGCUGGUCAUAAUGAUUGUCUGCUACACCAGGAUCUUCAUCCAGAUCUCCAAACGGAUGACGAAAAAGAACUCGUCCUCAAACGAGCCACAUCUCCGUUGCUCAAAGAACAACAUCCCCAAAGCUAGAAUGAGAACUCUGAAAAUGAGCAUCGUCAUAGUGAUCUGCUUCAUCGUCUGCUGGACUCCAUACUACCUGUUGGGUUUGUGGUACUGGUUCUUCCCAGACGACCUGGAGGGGAAAGUCUCCCACUCCCUCACCCACAUCCUCUUCAUCUGUGGGCUUUUCAAUGCCUGCCUGGACCCAAUCAUCUAUGGCCUGUUCACCAUGCGCUUCCACAGGGGGCUAAGGAGCUGCUACCGCAACACAAGAGUGAUGUCAGACCUGGAGACGAAUAAAAUGAAGUGUACUGCCACUGCUUUGCCCUAUGAAAGGAGGAUGGCUACUGGUGAAAAAGACAGCAACUGUGGACAGGCUGAGUCAAAAUCUCCUCUGAAGGGAGAUACCCUUGUUAUUUCAGCGCUGAGUGUACAACAUGAUCAGAAAACAGAGCAGAACCAGGAUCUUGACACUGCUAAUAGAACUGGUUAAAACAUUUCACCUUUUUCAGAGUUAUCUGUAGCCUUGGAACCAGACAAAUCUGCAAGCUCAUGUCUCAUCUGCUCUGGCAGAUGAGCUUGGUCCUCCUGUCGGUCAGGCAGAUUUCCAGCCAACCAGAUCCUGGUUGGGCCAAUCACAGCCGUUUGUUGAGACUGACAAGUUGCGGAGCCUUAGUGCUUUGUUUUUGGCUUGUGCACACUCGCCCAGGGAAAUUACAGCGAGCGUAAACCGAGCUAAGUAAAGAGGAGCGUCGUUGAGGCAUUUUCAAAAACACCCAAGAUGGCUGCAGCUGAUGUGGAACUUUCUGUUGGCAAAAACGGCAACCCACGUUCACACACAUGUUGAUGCUACACUAUCAGAGCUCAUCUCUGCAUGCUAUAGUCUGUUUACAUUUUUCGUUGCGCUGAUUGGUUGUAGGUCCAUCCAACUGGUCCAGAGGAAAAUGAACUGAGAGGUUCCAGUCUAACUCGCAUUUGCGAUUUUGGUCUGGCGAUGUCAGGCUAGGCUAUCUGUAUACUGGACAUGUUUAUUUCACAAUCACACCUACCAUGCAUGUGUAGAAUAAGUCUGAAAACAUACAAUAUCCAUCACCUAGAUGUGUCUUUGUGUCUGUGGUGCUCAAGGCUGCAUCUUACUUGAGGCUUAUAUAACAUCUUUUUGAACACACUAAAUAUGUUUGGAGCUGUUUGUUGCUUUGUGUGUUGUGUAAGUGGCUCCUAUUUUAAGACAAGUCUCCCAUAUACAUUUACCAGGGUCAGGAAAUGGCUUCAGGACUAAAUGAAAAAUAGAGGACAGUGAUUGUCAGGUUACACAACAGUGCUGCCUAUGUUGCAUGUGGUUACGCACCACCUAUAUCAGAUUCAGAUACAUUUUUUAUUGUCCUAUACAGAGGGAAUUUGCUUUCAGUCUGUACACAUUUAAUACUCAAAACUGGUAACAUCCAAAAACAGAGCACAAGCAGACAAGCACAUCACAACACACAAGUCUGUUACAGUGUGCCAUUUAGGGCAGAAAUGGUCUGUAAGGAAGCUUUUAAAUGACUGUUGAGGUUACUGAGGUUGAGAGCUUUUAUUUGCAGCCACAGUACCACAAAACAAGACUAGAAGUUUUACAGGUGCAUUAUCCUGUCCAUUCCCUUAGCAAAAACAAUGAACCACAUGUAGGAAAAUGUUACUAAGGAUUUUAAUCAUGGCCCCAGUAAUUCAUGACAGUGUGACAGUGAGUCAGCAUGCACAAUGACAGGACCCUGAAACUGAUGCAGCUUAAUUGUUGUUUACUCCUGUGUUUUUCAUACUGUGACAUAUUAUUAUCAUUGAUUAAUCUGGCGAUUAUUUUAUCCAUGAAUUGUUUGGUCCAUAAAAUGUCAGAAAUUGGUGAAUAAUACAGAUCACAAUUUCUAAGUUGAUGUUUUUAAAUUACAUGUUUGGCCCGACCAACAGUUCAAAAUCCAAAUAUAUUCAAUUUACUGUCUCAUAAGACAGGAAAGCAGCAGCUCCCCAUAACUGAGACGCUGGAACUAGGUACUCUUUGGCUAUUUUUGCUUCAAAAAUUAUGUAAGGAUUAAUUGGCAGUUAAAAUAGUUGACGAAGGAUUUUCUGUUGAUCGGCUAAUGGAUCAAUCGACUAACAGUUCAGCUCUAGCUGUUACAAUCGGGUCCAUCCUCCCUCAGAAUCUUUCAAAUGGCAUAUAUAUUUUGAGUGUAAUAAACAUUUAAGUGUUUUGGAUACAGUGUAAACUGAUGCCAGAGUAUUUGUGUUGUUACAAAUUGCAAAUACAUGAUCAUCAAAUGUAUCUAAAUAAACUACAACAAAAAUCA